CAAGGACAUAUUCCUCAGCUAACGCUCAUUUCAACCAGCCUGAAGUCAUGGCCGUUGACCAGAAUCAUAUUGAUCCUCAAGAAUCAACGUGGUUGAUACUUCUUCCUCUUCUUAUUGUCCUCUCUACCUUCCUAUUCCUUCUGCUUCUUUUUCUGAUAUGUCUUUUGCUCAUACGACGGCGACGCGGCAUCGUCCUGCGGGACAGCGAUGGGCCAGUUGACAUGAGCAGAGAAGAGCUUGUCGAGGGCGACGGCGGCUUUGAGACCAUAGAAGCUCGUUGGCUGGAGGGUCUCACUGAUGAUAAUUCCCGUCGUGCUUACAUGCGAGCGAAAGACUACCAGUCUCAAUACCUACCCAACUCGCUCCCUUCAGAUAUCACAUUGUCCCAGUUCCUUUCUAUCCAGGAGAAGGGCGUCUCUGCCUGGUCUUUCGAGCCAGAUCUAGAGACUCUAAACUCUCUGCUUGUCCACGCUCGCACAGAAAUUACUUUUCUUCCAGACCCGGCAUCAGCGUCCUGCGUACAAUCUAACUUACCUUUACCGAAGCUCAACGAAGUCUACUACUGGGAGGUUAAGAUGUUUGAUCUUCCAGAGUCCACCAAUGUUGCUAUCGGAUUGGCAACUAAACCUUAUCCUUCAUUUCGUUUGCCCGGAUUCAAUCGUUACUCUAUCGCAUACCACUCAAACGGUGACAAGUCUCACAACUAUCCAUUCACCGCUCAGAAUUUUGGGUCUCCACUUAAGGAAGGCGAUGUAUUGGGUGUUGGGUAUCGCCCGCGCUCAGGCACUGUAUUCUUCACUCGGAACGGACGAAAAAUGGAAGAUGCGUUUACCGGUUUAAACCGAUACAAUCUUUUCCCUACUAUAGGUGCAGAUGGACCUUGUAGUGUGCAUGUCAAUCUCGGGCAGGCAGGGUUCGUCUUUGUUGAGGCUAACGUCAAGAAAUGGGGACUUGCUCCGAGCGUGGGAACUCUAGCCCCACCCCCAGCGUAUGGUAGUGAACGAGGUAGUAUACUACUUGAUGUCGGGGGUCGGAGACGCUCCCCAAGAGACAGUUCGGCUUCCAGUCCCUCAGGGACAGCUUCUCCCACUCCAUCCCGUAGAACUCAUCGCUCUAGGAGGCCUCGUCCCAACAGCGGUGAUCCCAUCGUUUCAUCCCCUCUCCGAACCGCUGAACCUAUUACUCCACCUCCGCCCAUCACGCCAAUAGAUGAGGAACCCGCUAGCGGAAGUAAUGUAUCAACGUCUCCAAGAUACAUAUCACCUACUGACCUGCCAUUCCAUGCGCCGCCUAACACCAAUCUACCUCCAUCUCCGGGUCCGCACGAUGGUUUUGACUCGGAUGAUGAUGAUUACUCUUCAGCUGCGUCUACGUCCAGGCCAUCAUCUCCUGAUGUUGCAGGCGCAGAAACUUAUAUUCAGGCCCUCACACGGUCAGAUCAUCGUCGAACAGGCAGCUCUGGUAGUCAAACGCUUUCACAUGGUCCUGAUGGAGAUAGUAACAGAUUGAAUUCUUCUGAGUCUCUGUCGAGACGAGAUCCUCCUGCUUAUUCUCCUCUGGAUGCCUUUACCUACGCGGAUGGUGUGCACAUUGAUCUUCCCGCCGAGGUUAUCACCGCUGCCCUGGAAGGAAAUACAUUACCAGCCAGCGUAAUGGGUCAGGGGAAUGGCUCACGGUCCGGCGGACGACGAAGCAGAAGACGUUAAUAACCCAGACUCCCAGGGCAUAAGCUAUAUAAUGUAUCUAACUUCACAAGUGUUGUAAUAAAUUCAUUCUAUUCUCCUCUCCUCUAGAACGGCAACUGGUCUUGAAAUCUUACCCCUCCCUUCUCAGCUUACCCGGAUUUCACUGUAUUCAUAUCUAUCAUCUUAUUUAACAGACAAUUAUCAUGAUUCUACGGUAUUACAGAUUGUACAUACACACAAGAUGGUAAGCUACUCGACUAAAUUAUGCCUGUGUUAUGGUUGCAGAUUCCCCUAACAAAUAUUUCAUUAGUUCAUUUCAA